AUGCUUGCAUACGCAUCGCAGCAGCCACUCGACGUCGUCGGUCAAUUCACGGCCAACGCGACGAUACGAAACGACUCGGCCCGCCGAAUUUGUUGUAAUUCGUUCAAAAGGGCAAGUUCCUCCCGGCAGGAAAUCGGCACGACUGCUCGGCGUACUGCAGUCGAAACCCGAAGACCGCACACGGUUAACAAUUCCGACGACCGAUUCCGGUCUAACAUCGAACAGCGUUACCCUCGGCUCUUCCAAGGUGUCGGCAAGUUAAAAGAUUUUCAAGCCAAAAUCCACAGUAAUCCUCAGGUCAGACGAGUCUCACAAAAGCCACGAUGCAUCCCGUUCGUACUUCGAAAACCCGUUUUGGAUUACUUGGACGAGUUCUUUGCAAAAGACAUUAUCGAGAAAGUCGACGGCUCGACAUCAUGGGUGAGCCCGGUUGUAGUCGCUCCGAAGGCCUCCGGCGAAAUUCGCCUGUGUGUCGACAUGCGCCGCGCGAACGAGGUUAUUAUCCGCGAACGUUAUCCGAUUCAAACUGUUGAUAAAAUUUUGCAAUCGCUGAACCGCAGCACUGUCUCUUCCAAGCUUGCUCUUUGA